AGCGCGAGGCGCGCCGACGACGACGGGGAGGCUGUGACGCGACGCGAGAUACUCGCUCUCGUGUUAUCGAGUGAUAAUAACGCGUUACUGCCGCAGUGAUGGAGGCGCGAUCCUUUACUACAGUAAUACCGUGGUGUCUGACGGCGCGCGAGUCCCUGAAGCGUCGUGCUCGCGCGCGCGCGCGCUGUCUUAAGGUUUCUACGGUUUGUUCUGGAGCUGUGAAGUGUCAGGACUAACCAGCUAAACCGGUUAACCCAUGCAGGCACGAGGAAGCGCGCGGGGUUUACCUCAGAUCAGACCCCGUGAAGAUGAAGAUGGGUCAGGAUCUGGUCUGAGGUGGUUUUCUUAAAGUCUGUCAGUGAUGGGUCUGGUCUGGUUUGAGAUGUUUGUUUUAAUCUCUCAGUCACAGUGGUCAUGUUGAGUGUGUGUGCUCUGCUGCUGCUGGCGGCUCCGGCGGCCCUCGGCUCCGACUCGGACCCUCAGAGACCCCGACACGACUCCAACCUGGAGAUCUAUAAGCGUCUGUUCGAGAGCAAGAGGAAGGAUCAGCUGAACGCUCUGAAGAACCUGGUGGAGCUCAACGACGUCAACCAGCAGUACAAGAUCAUAGACAUCAUGCUGAAGGGCCUCUUCAAGGUGCUGGAGGACUCCAGAGCUGUUCUUAUAGCUGCUAACAUGCAGCCGGACGAUCCGUUCCCACUCGACGACAAAAUCAAGGAAGCGUACUCUCACGUGGUGGAGAACACGGCCUUCUUCGGAGACGUGGCUCUACGCUUCCCGCGCAUCGUCCAUCACUACUACGACCGGGACGUGGACUGGAGCCGCCUGCUGCGCUGGGGCCUGCGCUUCUGCAACCAGACGGGCGUCUUCAGCGGAGGAGCCCAUCAGCACGUGCUCACGCUGAUGUCUCAGGAGCUGGGCAUCACCGAGAAAUCUGCAGACUUCGUCAAUCCGUACCGCACCGAGAGAGACGACGUGCUGCACACGGCCGAGGCCUUCCAGAAGAUUCUCCGCGAGGAAGAGAAGAGGAGGAGGAAGGAGGAGAAGAGGAAAGAGAUCCGGAAAGGGCCGCGGAUCUCCCGCUCUCGCAGCGAGCUCUAGAUCCUGAAGAUCAGCCGUUUACACUCGAUCAGGGAGCCCUGCUGGACCGGCCGCGGGCCUCAAACACGUUUACAGCUCUCAGAACACUUGAACCGGUGCGUGUGUGUGUGUGUGUGUGUGUGUGUGUGUGUGUUCAGUGCUGUGUGGGGUCGAGGGGGAGGGGCCGGGAGGGUCGGAGAGGGUCUGUGUUUUAGAUGAAGGUAUUUUGAACACUGAUAUUUCCAUAUUUAACACGCUUGGUAAGGUUUGAUAAUAUAGCGGGGAAAUCUGAAGUUCCCGUAUGAAACUGAGUUCAAUAUUUAAAUUUACUUUAUUGAGAAAUUAAUGUCUUUUUUUUGCUUUCUUCGGAAACUAUUAUUCGUUAAAAAACCAAUGUUAUAUUGUGUGUGUGUGUGAGAUCAGGACUCUUUAAAGACCGAUCCCAAUCGAAGUGAUCUCAGUGUGAAGGCGUUUUCUCCGAUCUGACGUCCGAGGCUUUAUUAAACCGUUCACGUGACUGUUAUUGAAAUCUGUGCAGCGUCGGUGGGAGGUCGUUACUGACCGAAGGAAUAAAGUCUUAUUUAACUCCA